UCUGAAAUGAAGGUUUUUGCUUUUAAAUAUGCUCCCGUUUUUGUCUGCCUUCUAACAGUAUUUAUAAUUUGUGAGAUUGUAAAUUAUUCUGAAGGAUUUCAUACGGAAACUUUGUUUCCAACACUGCGAGAAAAAAGAGCAAGGCCUCCUUUGUCAAGGAAGGAGAAUAAACGAGUAGUUAAAAAGAAAGGAACCGGGAUUGUUGGAACACUUAAGAGUGCGAAGAAAAGUUUGGACAAUAAAAGUAUUACUGGAACACAGGCUGUAGGAUUAACGGCGUUAGGUGUAGGUCUUGGAGCAAUUGUCGGGACCGUGGGUGGUAGAGUUAUAGAAAAAGACCAGCAAGGAUAUAUGCAGCAACAAUAUAAUGGUGGAGGAUUUGUUCCUAAUUAUCAGCAACCCGCAAUCAUGCCCCAACCAUUUAUGCCCCAGGUCCCAGGAAUUCCUUGUUACUAAA